GCGUCGCAGAUCCGAGAUGAAAGAGGCACUCGUUCUGGCUAGGAAAUGACGGAAUAGAAAUGCCUUGCCCCUGCUUCACGCCAUCGUCUGGAAAGAGUCGGCGGUAGGUGCUGCGAAGCAAGACUGGGACCCCAAGAACAUCAAGGGGCUCAGCAUGUAAACCAGGGGCGUCGGUCGAAGAAGGAGAUGACAUUUUAACCUGGCGAUAGGACCCUAUACAUGGCAACGAUACCGUCACUCACGCUGCUCCCUGGUGGUCGGACCAUUGGGCCCCUGCCUCCUGCGAAGCCGUUCGGUGGCUGUUAUUGAUCAUUGGGAGCCAUAGGAAGCAAUAUCCAAAUCUUCGACCAGGAUGGUGCGGCUGGCCGUACGCGUCCGUCCAGAAUUUUCCUCCAAAUCAUGACUGCCUGCGCCGUUUGCUUCGAAUUAUUGAUGGAGUCGCUACUAGACCAAAGGAGUUCGAGUGCUUUGAUGUCUCUAACUCGGCCAUACAAAAAUCCAAAGUCUGGGAAUACAGAGCUAUCACUAGCCGGUAAAGCUUUCGUGGCAUUGAAUGCCUCACUGGCUGAGAGGCAAGUCGCCGCCUACGCAUGGUCAUGCCGGCGAAGACAUUGACCUGGCCGACCUAUGGUGGGCUUGCGCGCAACCACGAGACUUGCAGGCAACAUUGAUCUGUACGUCGAGAGGCCUCCACUGUUCAAGCAUUCCCAGUCAUACGCUCCCAUUGAUCAAUUUUUCAUAGCAGGCGCGCCUUCCAAGAACGAAGACCAUGAUAGUGUCUUUCGAACUGCUUUUCGUCCUUUCACAACUAGGGUCCCGAAGGCCUCUCCUAGUCACACAAUCGGCUGUGGGUCGGAACUGGUGGCUUCUGAUACCAGCUUGCCGGACGAAUGUGGUGCAGCUGACGAGUGCGGUGACGAGUGGACGGCCGAGACUUUUCUAUGAUGCCUCAGCACGCUACUCUUAAAAUUCUCCUGGGCAAGGUGGAAAUUCAAAGAGUCCAUAUGCAUGCCAUUGACCAUCGUACCGGCGAUGGGCGAGCAGGUCAGGAAGACGAUGCCACUGCUGAUCCAGCCCGUGGUCCCAUCGUCCUCGCGCGGCCGCGUCUAGUACAAGGGAACAUCCAGUGUGCACUUGGGAAAUGUCGAGAUCAGUACUAUCUUUCGGCAGCAUCAAGCGGCAAUUGGAAAGAAUUUUCAACAGAUGGCGCUUGGGCUCACGUUGGAGCAAACACUUCCACUGCGAGACUGAAAUUAUUCUAUGCACUGUAUUGUACGCGUUCUAGAUACAGUAAACUCGGCUGAACGGACUUAGAUCAAGAUUCGGAAGCCAUCCCUUUGUGAAAGGGGAAGGCAAUCUCAAAGGAAACCCCCG